AGCGCGCGCGCGCGCGCGCACGUGUCGACUGCCUGUCACGCAGCGGAACUGUUUGGUCAUUGUUAAAUGAUUAGCUUGGUUUAACUUCCGCGUGUUUGAGCCCACUGCUGCUUCCGCGUCGCCGAAGUUUCUUCCGCACGGACGGUCCGUCGCUGCCUGGCCACGAUGCGCGCGAUCCCCGAGGAACUCACGAGUCUAAUCUCAGACCUUGAGCAUUUCCUCAACGAUGGGUUAAAAGGAGAAAAUCUGAGCAAGAAGGCAAAAGAGAAGAGAGAAGCCUUCAUCAAGCGGAUCAAAGAGGUCAAAUCCGGAUUUCCUCAUGACUUCAAGGACAGAGGCGGAGAGGACUCCGACGAUGAGGAGGAGGUCGACAGCAACAACGAGGGGGGGUCCCUGCACUCGGAGCGCACGGACAAGGACGAGGACGCCGGCGACGGUUCCCAGCAGCUGCCACCUGUGGCAGCUCAGGACCUGCCCAUGGUCUUUAAAGCAGGAUACCUGGAGAAACGCAGAAAGGAUCACAGCUUCUUUGGCACCGAGUGGCAGAAGCGAUGGUGCGCUCUGAGCCACCACACCUUCUACUAUUACGGCAGCGAAAAAGACAAGCAGCAGAAGGGAGAGUUCAGCAUCGACGGCUACGGCAUCAAGAUGAACAGCAGCUUAAGGAAAGACUCCAAGAAGGACUGUUGCUUUGAGAUCUCGGCUCCGGACAAGCGGGUCUAUCAGUUUUGUGCGUCAUCGGUGAAAGAGGCGGAGGAGUGGGUGAAACAGAUAGACUUUGUUUUGAGAGAUAUGACUGGAGUCAUCCCAGAAGAGGACGAUGAGCAGUAUGACGAUGUGGGCUUCAUCGCUGAUACAGCCGUACCUAUUGAUGAGGACCUUUAUGAAGAGCUCCCAGAGGACGACUCUCAUCCGAAGAGUUCUCCGACGGUGGAGCCGCCACGCAAGCAGACUCCUCCAGCAGCAGCAGUUGAUAAGAGCACAGACUACCAGAACUACUACCAGGGCCUGUGGGACUGUGUGGGCGACCACGCAGACGAGCUGACCUUCAAACGUGGAGACGCCAUCUACAUACUGAGCAAGGAGUACCAGAACUUUGGCUGGUGGGUUGGAGAGAAGAAUGGAAAUAUAGGAAUAGUUCCCAAAGACUAUCUGAUGCAGCUCUAUGUUCUAUAAACAAACCUAACGCAAGAGAUCAGAACUAUAGACUCUUCCUGCAUGACUGAAAUACAAUAAGUAUUUUAAUUGGUACUUAAGUUCCACAUCUACUGCAAUGAACUCAUGACUGAUAGAAUCAAACUUUUGCUGAAAUAAUUUU